CGCGAGGAGAGCGAACUAGGUGCGCCUGCGCACUGAACGUCGGCGAGCUCCAAGUAGGCGGAUUGAGGCAGAGAUACGGAUCGCUGUGUGUGGUUAGAGUUUUGGCCAACCGGCAGAUGUGAGAGGGGUCGGGAGCCCUCCCGGCAACGACCGGACCAAGUUCAACCGCUGCCGGGGCAAGAAUCGAAGUCCGGGCACGGCAUGUCCCGGCUGCCGCCGUGCGGACAGUGAAGCUCGCGCCUAGCGGGAUGGGCCGGCGCCGGGCGCCAGAGCUGUACCGGGCCCCGUUCCCGUUGUACGCGCUUCAGGUCGACCCCAGCACAGGGCUGCUCAUCGCUGCGGGCGGAGGAGGCGCCGCCAAGACGGGCAUCAAGAAUGGCGUGCACUUUCUGCAGCUAGAGCAGAUUAAUGGGCGCCUGAGCGCCUCCUUGCUACACUCCCAUGACACAGAGACACGGGCCACCAUGAACUUAGCGCUGGCUGGUAACAUCCUCGCUGCAGGGCAGGAUGCCCACUGCCAGCUCCUGCGCUUCCAGACCCAGCAGCAGAAGGGCAAAAACAAGGCAGAGAAGGCAGGUUCCAAGGAGCAGGGACCUCGACAAAGGAAGGGGGCAGCCCCAGCAGAGAAGAAAUCUGGAGCUGAAACCCACCAGGACGGAGUAGAGCUCAAAGUAGAGAAUUUGCAGGCAGUGCAGACAGACUUCAGCCCUGAUCCACUGCAGAAAGUUGUAUGCUUCAACCACGAUAAUACCCUGCUUGCCACUGGAGGGACAGAUGGCUACGUUCGUGUCUGGAAGGUACCCAGCCUAGAGAAAGUGCUGGAGUUCAAAGCCCAUGAAGGAGAGAUUGAGGAUCUGGCCUUGGGGCCUGAUGGCAAGUUGGUAACUGUGGGCUGGGACCUGAAAGCCUGUGUGUGGCAGAAGGAUCAGCUGGUGACACAGCUGCACUGGCAAGAGAACGGACCCACCUUUUCUAACACGCCUUACCGCUACCAGGCCUGCAGGUUUGGGCAGGUUCCAGACCAGCCUGCUGGGCUGCGACUUUUCACAGUGCAGAUUCCCCACAAGCGUCUGCGCCAGCCUCCACCCUGCUACCUCACAGCCUGGGAUGGCUCCACCUUCUUGCCCCUUCGGACCAAAUCCUGUGGCCAUGAAGUCAUCUCCUGCCUUAGUGUCAGUGAAUCGGGCACCUUCCUAGGCCUGGGCACGGUCACUGGCUCUGUUGCCAUCUACAUAGCUUUCUCUCUCCAGCGCCUCUACUAUGUGAGGGAGGCCCAUGGCAUCGUGGUGACGGAUGUAGCCUUUCUGCCUGAGAAGGGUCGUGGUCCAGAGCUCCUUGGGUCCCACGAAACUGCCCUGUUCUCUGUGGCUGUGGAUAGUCGUUGCCAGCUGCACCUGUUGCCCUCACGGCGGAGUGUUCCUGUGUGGCUGCUGCUGCUGCUAUGUGUCGGACUUAUUAUUAUGACCAUCCUGCUGCUUCAGAGUGCCUUUCCAGGAUUCCUUUAGCCUCCCUGCUCCCAGGGAAUCAGGGGCCUGGACACUGCCACCUUCUGGACCAGAGUGGAGGCCUGGACCCAUUGCUCACUCCACCUCCAAGUGGGUUCACAGCUGAGAUGGCCGCCGAUGAGACUUGAUGGGUACUGCCUGCCCUUCCCAGUUAAAGCGUGGUUGUGGCCCUGUGCAACUCUUGAGUCCUGGGAACCCUGCAUUCAUCAUCUGUGGAUCCACCCAGGAGAGUGGUGUCUGCAGCCCAGGUCACACCACCUGCCUCCUUUCCUGUGUCUACCAGAGGCUCCAGAGUUGAGCUUGUUCUUUCUCUAGAAGUAUGUGAAGGUGCCCCAGAAUCUGGAGGCACUGCUAUCCCUUCCUGCAGAAACAAUCUGUUUCUCCUCCCCUCACAUCCUGUGGCCAGUUGCUCUUCCCAUGAGCCCCUGGCAUUUGCUGGCCUGGGACUUGUUGUUGGGAUGGAAGAGGCAAAAGGAAGACCCAGGCAGUAAUCUGUGGGUUCAGCUGGGUAGCUCUAAGCCAGCCAGGCUAAAUAUGCAGCAAGUUCCUGGAUGGCCUACCCUAGCCUUGAGAAAAGGGAAAAUGAACCUCAGUCUAUUUAGCAGGAAAAGUUAUAUUUAAUAAACAAGGGAAGACUGAACCGAGACCCCAA